AUGAAAAUUCGCGUUCUCCAACAUGACCUCGCGAGUCAUCUUCCACAACGGCCUGGCGACCCAACUCCGAUGGCAAGGAAUCUCAAUCCAUUGAUGCAUCCAUUUGCCCGAGCUCGAGAGCGCACGCGAGCUUUGAACGCUGCCAAAAUGGAUCGAAUGUUUGCAAAGCCGUUUAUAGCAAGUCUGGAAGGUCAUGUUGGGCCUGUGGAAGCAAUGGCGAAACAACCAGGCGAGCUCACAACUGUCGCAAGUGGUAGCUGGGACGGAGGAAUUGUCGUUCACCAUCUUGCACGAAGAACUAAGCUGCUGCAUCUACCGCAAGCGCAUAAAAAGAACAAGAAGGUUUCGGGUCUGUGUUUUUCACGCGACGGCCGAUUGUUCAGCUGCAGUACGGAUGCCACUAUCAAGUUGUGGAGUGUGGAGAGUCUAGACGACAAGCCGUUAUCUGUUUUCACUAGCAAAGCUCCUCUCAAUUGCAUCGACCACCAUUACUCUGACUCGCAAUUCGUUACCGCCUCGAAUGCAAUACAAUUAUGGGACGAAACCAAAACCUUUCCAAUAUCCAACCUCACUUUCCCUACCUCCACCGAAACAGUGACUGCUGUACGGUUCAACCUUGCUGAGAGAUCAGUUUUGGGCAGCAUCGGCUCUGACCGCACUUUUACCUUAUAUGACAUUCGAACUGGGAAGGCGGAGCGGCGAGUGGUCAUGGCUAUGAGCAGUAACGACCUAUCGUGGUCGCCGACUUUUCCAACAACGGUCCUGCUCGCGUCCGAAGACCACAAUCUCUACACAUUCGAUGUUCGGAAUCUCGGUAAACCUACACAAAUCUACAAGGGUCACGUUGCAGCAGCGAUGAGCUGCGACUGGGCUCCCACUGGUCUCGAAUUUGUGAGUGGUGGCUGGGAUCGGACCGUGAGGAUAUGGAAGGAAGGACGGGGCCAGGGAUCAGAGGUAUAUCACACAAAACGAAUGCAACGUGUUUCGUGUGCUCUUUUCACGCAUGAUGCUCGGUUUGUGCUUUCAGGUUCUGACGAUGGCAACGUUCGGGUAUGGAAGGCCAAUGCGUCAGAGCGCCUCGGGAUCAUCACUGGCAGAGAGCGCGCGGCAAUUGAAUAUCGAGAUGCCCUCAAAGAACGCUGGAAAAUGGACAAACAAAUCGGCAAGGUGGUUCGCAGUCGACAUGUUCCUAAACCGAUUUACCAAGCGGCGAAACUCAAACGGACUAUGCUUGAUGCCGAAAGAGUCAAAGAGGAGCGGAGAAGGAAGCAUACACGACAAGGUGAAAGCAAGCCAAAAGCAGAGCGCAAAAAGCUUGUUGUUGCAGAACAGAUGUAG